AUGGCUGAUAAUAAAUUAUACGAGAUUUUGGGAGUGUCUAGAAGUGCUAGUGACUCUGAAAUAAAAAGGAGCUAUCAUAAAUUGGCUAAGGAAUUCCACCCAGACAAAAAUCCUGCUGCAGGGGAUAAAUUCAAAGAAAUUAGCUAUGCCUAUGAAGUCUUGUCCGACACGAAGAAAAGACAAAUUUAUGACAAGUAUGGCUUGAAAGGCUUACAAGAAGGUGGUCAGGGUGGUGGCUUUCCUCCUGAUGAUUUGUUUGGACACUUUUUCGGUGAUAUAUUUGGCAUGGGAGGCGGCAGCAGAGGUCGAGGCCCAGCUCGCGGGGAAGAUACUAUGCACCCACUUAAAGUUUCUUUGGAAGACAUGUACAUGGGAAAAACUACCAAGUUACAGCUAAGUAAAAAUGUAAUUUGCGGGCCUUGUAAGGGAAUUGGUGGUAAGCCAGGAUCUGUAGUGGUUUGCAAGGACUGUCACGGACAGGGUGUUAAAGUGUCUUAUCAACAAAUUGCACCACACAUGACUCGUCAAUUUCAGUCUCGUUGCCCUACCUGCCAUGGUCAGGGUGAAACCAUUAAUGAUAAAGAUAAGUGCCCAAAAUGCAAAGGUAAGAAAGUUUUAAAUGAAACUAAAAUCUUGGAGGUGCAUAUUGAGAAAGGUAUGCGUGAGAACCAAAAGAUUUUCUUCAGAGGUGAGGGGGAUCAGCAGCCUGACACUCAACCUGGUGAUGUGAUCAUUGUGCUGCAACAGAAGCCUCAUGAUAUCUUCCAGAGAACUGGUGAUGACCUUGUGAUCAAACAUGAAAUUACACUAACUGAAGCUUUAUGUGGCUUCGAGUUUGUUAUUAAGCAUUUAGAUGGCCGAGAUCUACUGGUUAGACAUGCUCCAGGAGAAGUAAUCAAGCCAGGAGACCUAAAGGGUAUACAGGGUGAAGGUAUGCCUCAAUUUAAAAAUCCAUUUGAGAAAGGUAACCUUUAUAUUAAGUUUGAUGUUGUUUUCCCUGAAAAUAACUUUGCUACUGAAGAGCAGAUGAAACAAAUAGAAUCUGUGUUGCCUCCUCGCCCGGCUUUUGUAAUGCCCACAGGAGAAGAUGUGGAGGAGGUUAAUUUGAUGGAGUAUACAGCCAGUGAACGUGGUAGAGGUCGAGAGGAAGCAUAUGCCAGUGAUGAUGAAGAGCACAUGCACACUGGCCCCGGAGUACAGUGUGCACACCAGUAG